GUCUGACAUAACACCUGCAGCUAGCAGAGGCAGAGGUUCAUUUUAUUACAGCACCCCCGUUGCAUUCUGGGAGAGUGGAUAGAGACUGAGCAGUGGAUCUUUUUUAGUAGUCUGGCAAUUUCUGGCACCCGAAAUCUCAUGUCAAAAUAGCUAGUCUUCCGCUAUCGGUAGUAAUGGCGCUGACAUGGUUCGAACGGUUCCUGGCCUCGAUGCUGCGGGGAGCGGUCGGGAUGCUGUUUGCCGUCUUCCAGCUGCUCGCUCAGCGGCGGGGAGCGGACAGGUCGGUGAGGAGGCUCCCACCAAUCACCAACCCACUGUUGAAGGUCCCCGCGAUGCGGCUCGCCCGCAUGAUUCGACGGAGAGAGGUAACCAGUGUGGAGGUGGUACAGACCUACAUAGACCGCAUCCAAGAGAUUAACCCUCUCAUCAAUGCCAUGGUCAAGGACAGGUUUUCCUUGGCCCUGCAGGAGGCAGCCCAGGUGGAUAAGCUGAUCGAGGAGGAGACAGGAGGAGAGGAUGUUCUGGAGGACAGGCUUCCUCUACUGGGUGUCCCGUUCACUGUCAAAGAGGCCUUCUCCCUCCAGGGUAUGCCUAACUCCACAGGGCUGGUGUCACGGCGGGGGGUGAUUUCGGCAACGGACGCUCCCCCGGUGGCUCUGCUGAAGAGGGCAGGGGCCAUUCCUCUGGGGGUGACUAACUGUAGUGAGCUCUGCAUGUGGCUUGAGUCCCAUAACCACCUGUAUGGAAUCACCAAUAACCCAUACGACCUGGAGAGAAUACCAGGGGGAAGCUCCGGAGGGGAGGGCAGUAUUUUGGGCGGCGGUGGUUCCGUGAUAGGGGUUGGCUCAGAUGUUGGGGGCAGUAUUCGCAUCCCAGCAUUCUUCAACGGCAUCUUCGGCCACAAGCCAACAUCAGGUGUAGUGUCUAACGUGGGUCAGUUCCCCCCGGCCUCGGGGCAGCAGCCUGGUUUCCUGUGUACAGGCCCAAUGUGUCGCUACGCCCAGGACCUGCUGCCCAUGCUCAGAGUUAUGGGAGGAGCCAACGCUGACAGGUUGUCUCUGUCGUCUGAGGUGGACCUGAAGAGAUUACGGUUCUUCUCUGUUCCUCACGAUGGAGGCUCUCCUCUGGUGUCUCCUGUCGACCAGCAGCUAGUCCUGGCUCAGAGGAGGGUGGUUCAGCGUCUGGAGGCAGACCUGGGGGUCAAAGUUCAGCAGCUGAAGAUUCCUCAGCUCAAAUACUCCUUCCAGAUCUGGAGUGCAAUGAUGGGAGCCCCGGGGAAGGAUGGAAAGCAGCCCACAUCGUUUGCAGAGCUGAUGUCUGACCAUGGGAAGAAGGUGUGGCCUCUAUGGGAGAUUGCUAAGUGGACUGUGGGACUCUCUAAGCACACCGUGGCUGCUCUAGGUCUGGUCCUGGUAGAGAUGUUCCAGAGGGCCCAGCCCACCCAGUUCAUCCUGCAGCAGAAGGAAUCUCUCCAGAAGGACCUGGAGGAACUGUUGGGAACAGACGGGGUGCUGCUCUACCCCUCUCACCCUCACCUCGCCCCCAAACACCACCAUCCCCUCUUCACCCCCUUCAACUUCUCCUACACUGGUAUCUUUAACAUUCUGGGUCUUCCGGUGACCCAGUGUCCGUUGGGGCUGAGCGAGGAGGGUUUACCCUUGGGACUGCAGCUGGUAGUGGGGAAGCAGCAGGACCGUCUCUCCCUGGCCACCGCUGUGUUCCUGGAGAAGACCUUCGGAGGUUGGAGAGACCCGGGGAGCAUGGCCACUGCCACCACCCAGCUAGAUACCUCACGCGGGACGUCAACGACCACAUCGUGAAAAUACAGAGACGUUUACUCUGAGAUGAAUGAAAGUCCUAGAAGACAGAGGAAUGUAUGCACUGACACAGAAAGGCAGACACACUCACACGGUCUCUUUGCACAUGCCGUCCUGUCAGUCGUCCAGCCUUCUCAUUCGUUCUUUAACAACAGACUCUCGCCAGGUUACUGAGUCUCUCGUCCACCACAGUAUGUCUGUUGUGUCUUCGUCACAAAGUGCCCUGUGCUUGUCCAAAGAGCCUUUAUGUGUCCAGUAGUUGUGUGUUCCUGCCUUGUGUCCCAAAUGACUCCCUAUAUAGUACACUACAUUUGACCAUAACCCUAUUCCCUACAUAGUGCCCUACAUUUGACCAGAGCCCUAUUCCCUUCAUAG